AUGAGCUCCCUGACACAGGGUGGCAUGCCACCUGUGCCCAACUCUUCAGAGGGCCUGGAGUGGGAACGGAAGUUGAACACCAGUCAUGUGCAACCUACCAUGCUGGCCAGGGUCACCAAGGUGCUGGUCAGGAUAGUGUCUCAGGGACAGAACACGUGGGUGCGCUUGGAAUUUAUAGAUGACAUGAGCUGCUCCAUCAUCUGCAAUGUAAAAGGUGAUGUCCUCACCCUGUUGGAGAAACAGCAAGAGGCCAGAAGGUUGCACUUAGCUUGGAUGCUUGCUGGAUCUUAGAUGUUGCAUUUGACCACUUGGCCCACAGGAAUGAUUUGCCACAAUCUUCUUUUUUUCUUUUUUUUUUUGAGAC